AUGCUCCCAACUCAGCCAACAUCCGCACAACACAUUGGACACCUCGGUCAGCAAGAAACACAUACAGGCCCUUUACCAUCGCCAUCGCCGUCAGACGAGCCCCCGAAGCAGUCACCGUUCCUACGGCUGCCAACAGAGAUACGGCUCCAGAUCUACGGUCUGUUGGUGCUGCCGCGCAAGUCGACAGAUCUUCUCCCUUCGCGUGUGAAGGUUUCAAGCUCGGCAGCAGACUCAUUCGACUAUGAGAAAAAGCAACAUGGCACAGAUCGGCCUGCGAUGGCAGACCCGUGUCGCCCAGUCUUGUGCAUUCGAACAAUCGACGGAGACUGCUACGAGCAGCGUUAUGGAAAGAACAUGUCUCGGUCGUCCCACACAAGAAGCGUGUAUGCUAUCCGAGCAGACCGCUUCCGCGCGCGGUGCAUGAAUACCACAUACCAUUGCGUGAAUAUCCCGCGCAUCGAGGAUCACAUGGGCAUCAUCCGGACGAAUAAGCAGAUCCACGCCGAGGUUGCAGAGCUGCUCUACUCGUCGUACACCUUCGACUUCGACACGCACGUGGAAGCUAUACGGCCGUUCUUGAACGACCUUACGCCUUUCGCGCGCAGCUGCAUCAAGAGCGUCCGAUUUGUCAAAAAGGGUCUCGCGUACGACAAGGAGUUUGACCGCGCUGAGUGGACGUCUGCUAUGCGAUAUCUUACCGCAUCGAGCUCCGACCUCAGCCUGCGGCGACUCGAGCUAGGCAUUGUCGCCGGUCGACCAGGGCCUAACGGCUGGGACCGGAUCGCAAAGUAUGCGCCGCAGGAUUUUGACCUGCUCAAGGACGCAGAUGGCAUGCAGUGGCUGCAGUAUCUCCUUGAGUUCAAGGACCUGGUCGAGCUGGAUGUCAAUGCGAUCGUGGAGCACUGCGCACAUGCCACGAAUUCGAUGGCCAUGGCGAACUUCAUCCGCUUCUCAGCGAGCAUUGAGAGCGGGUUCUCGAAGUAUUUGCGGAAGCAGUUAUUAUGUGUAUGA